AUGGUACCAAUACAUACCUUAAAUAGUGGAUCUACUGUUGCCGAAAAUUUUCAAGGUCGUGGAUAUAAACUAGAUAGCACUAGAGAACGUGAGCUUGAAUCUGAACGUAAUGAGUUACUCAUUAAAACCGAAUUUUUUGCUAAUAAAUGUUCUGAUUUUAGAAAUGCCAAAGUGCUUGCAGAAACACGAUCAGAUGAGCUUGCAAAAGAGUUGAAAUCAAAAAAUGAAAAAAUUUUACGUCUCCGGAAAAAGUUAAAUCGAACCAGCGAUAUCAAAAUACAAAAUGACACGGAUAUAAAACAAUUCAAAGAAGAAAUCAAACAACUCAAAAAAGAAAUCAAACGGUUACAGAGUAAAAACACUAAUCUUGUAUCCCAGGAUUCUCUUAAAGAACUUUCUUUUACUAGAUAUCAAACCAAGUAUUACAAAAAAAAUGAAAGAGGCGAAUUAUCUCCAAUCUAG